AAGUGUUUACAAAUCAGAAUAACUUUUAGACAACAUUAAGGUGGUAAUCAUGAACACAAAAGAUUUUGUAGUUCUUCCAUGGGGAAAACGUGGAAAUUCUGUAAAGCUAAAAUAUAGAAAUGCUCAAGAACUGCGAAUGGAGAAAGUACAGUUAGAGUUUGAGAACCAAGAGAUGGAGAAGAAACUGCAAGAAUUCCGAUCCGCAAGAAGCAAAGAAAAGGAAGAAAGAGAGUCAAGCGAAUAUUACUGGAAAUCUGGAAAAGUGGGCAAAUUGGGUAAUCAAUCAUAUAUGAUGUCAAAAAAUAAAGGAAAUGUUAUUAAGUUUUCUGCUGGAAAAGUGAAAUUAAAAUUACUGAAGGAACAGAUUCAAGAGCCAGUGAAACCAAGAGUUAAUUAUAAAAUGACAAAUUCUUCAGAAUGUGAAAAACCCAAGAUAAAUGGGAAAGUUUGUGGACAGUGUGAGAACAAAGCUGCUCUACUAGUAUGCCUUGAAUGUGGAGAAGAUUAUUGUUCAGGAUGCUUUGCUAAAAUUCACCAGAAAGGGGCACUAAAGCUCCACAGAACAACUCUUUUGCAGACAAAAUCUCAAAUAGUAUUCAGUGUAUUGGAUGUUGCCCAUCAGUUUAUAAAGGAUGUUAAUCCAGAUGAACCCAAAGAGGAGAAUAAUUCUACAAAGGAAACCAGUAAAAUUCAGCAUAAACCCAAAUCUUUAUUUCUCCAGAGGAGCAGCUCUGAGGUAGAAAUUACAACGACAAAAAGAGCAGAAUGUACAAAACCAAGAGAGAGUCUAUUGUGUGAAGGGUCAUUCAAUGAAGAAGCUUCUGCACAGUCCUUUCAGGAAGUGCUAAGUCAAUGGAGAACCAGAAAUCAUGAUGACAAGAAACAGAAUUUACACGCAGCAGAAAAAGACUCACUGGAAGAAUGUGAAGUGCAGACUAAUCUGAAAAUUUGGAGAGAACCACUUAAUAUUGAAAUUAAAGAAGAUAUUCUAUCCUAUAUGGAAAAAUUAUGGCUUAAAAAACACAGGAGCACUCCACAAGAACAACUUUUUAAUCUGCUACCAGAUACAUUCCCACAUCCAUGUGAAACCACUGGUGAUGUACAGUAUUCUCAAAAUGAAAAUGAUGAAGAUAGUGAUGGUGAGGAGACCAAAGUACAACACACAGCUCUUUUAUUGCCAGUAGAAACAUUAAACAUAGAGAGACCUGAACCAUCUCUAAAAAUAGUCGAACUGGAUGAUACUUAUGAAGAGGAAUUUGAAGAACCAGAAAAUAUUGUGCCUUACAAAGUUGAAUUAGCUGAUGCAGACAGUCAACCAAGUUGUGCUUUUCAUGAUUAUCAGAAGAAUAGCUUUCUAUAUGAAAAUGACAUCCAUCAACAUCAUGUUUUCCAUAAGGGAAAGAGAGACUUCUUAAAUCUUUGUCUGAGAAACAGCUCUACUUAUUACAAAGAUAAUUCAAAAGCAGAAACUUCAAACACAGAUAUUGACAACAUCGUGGAUCCUGAUGUGUAUUCUCCUGACAUUGAAAAAAUUGGGGAAAGCACCUCCUUUGAAAGAAAUUUAAAAGAGAAAAGUACAGGUUUAGAAAGUAAUCAAAAGUCUGAUGAUUCCUGCAUAUCACUUGAAAGCAAGGAUACUUUGCUAAGUAUAGAUUUAGAAAAACCUCCCAUUGAGGAGAAAUUAUCUCAAGACAUCAAAGAAUCCUUGGAAUUCAGCAAUCUGCAUAAGACGCCACGCUUUGAAGAUUCAAAAACUACAAAGUCAUCACUGUUGUUACAAGAAAUAGCCUGCAGAAGGAAGCCUAUAACAAAACAAUAUCAAGGACUUGAGAGAUUCUUUAUUUUUGAUACAAAUGAAAGACUCAACUUACUUCCUUCUCAUCGUUUAGAAUGCAACAGUUCCAGUACUAGGAUUACACUUGCAGAUUGGAAAUCACAGAGACCUUCAACAUCAAAUUUUCCACUUUCCAACUCUGUUAAAGAAAGCUCCAGCUGCCUUUCAUCCUCUCCUUGUCGAUCAAGAAGUGCAGCUGCUCAAUCAUUGUCUAGAGCUGCUUCUGAAAUUUCAGAAAUUGAAUAUAUUGAUAUUACUGACCAGAAUGAGCUUUCCGUAUAUGACACUACUGAUCAAUGUACCUUAGACAGUUUGGAAAAAGAAUUACAAGUGCUGACAACUCUUGCAGAUACUUCAGAAAAGCUUUAUAGCUUAACCUCAGAAGAGUUCCCAGAUUUCAGCAGCCAAUUACUGAAUAUAAGUCAGACUUCCACAGAUUUCCUUAAGACCUCACAUGUGAGGGGUCCCUGUGGAGUUGAGGAAUUGAGCUGUUCUGGAAGAGAUACCGAAAUUCAGUCUUUGCUGUCACUUUCUGAGAGCAGUACAGAUGAUGAGGAGGAAGAUUUUCUCAACAAGCAACAUGUCAUUACACUACCAUGGUCAAAGAGUACUUAAUGAUUAUUUGUUGAUUACUUUUUCCAUUUGGUACCCAGAGUAAAGCAAACAACUGAGAAAAGUAACCAAUUGAUUACCUGUCCAAGUGCUGGAGAUUUUGAUUAUUAACGUCUCUGAAGUUUCAAGGCUACAAACUAAUAAAAGUAAAAUUAUAAGUUCAA